AUCUGUGCGGCCUUUUGUCGACAUCUACUUUCAGUUUGACUUCGUCUGCGGAACGGGAAAGGUAACGAAGCUGUCUCCUUGCCUACUUGGUGGCCUUUAAUUGCACUCAUACUGUUUUCAUCCUCAUCAUAAAGACUUGGGAUCUGGAAUGAGAGGAAAGUUUACAUACUGUGUGUAUCAUGCAGCAAAAGCGCAUCCCAUGUUUUCACAUGUGCUAUCCAGAGUUCCCACCAUGAACAAGCAAAUAAAAAGGGGGAAGUUCAGUAUUGUGCUGCCACAUAAAACAACACCUACCAGAGUUGUGCCAAGCUUUAUACAGAAACCUCCCUAUGCAGUAACAGGUGUGGUAGGACCAAAGCCAGUAGAAACUGAAAUAAAAAAUGAGGAGCAGAUUCAAACUAUGAGAAAUACAUGUCGACUUGCAAGAAAGAUUCUUGAUUCAGCAGGAAAACAGUUAAAGGCUGGAAUGACAACAGAUGAGAUAGAUGAGUAUAUACAUGAGAUGUGUAUAGACAAUGGAGCCUACCCCUCACCAUUACUAUACAAUAACUACCCCAAGUCCAUCUGUACAUCCGUCAACAACGUGGCGUGUCAUGGGAUACCAGACCUCCGGCCACUGGAGGAUGGAGAUAUCAUAAAUGUUGAUGUCACGAUCUAUAAAGAUGGCAUGCAUGGUGAUGUCUCCAAGACCUACAUGAUUGGCUCAGUGGAUGAUAAGGCCAAACAACUAGUCAAAGUCACAGAACAGUGUCUGUAUGCAGGGAUAGAGCAGUGUAGACCAGGACAGAAAAUCAUUGCCAUUGGAACUGCUAUCAGAGACCUGGCAGAGUCCCAUGGGUUUUCUGUUAUUCCGGCAUUCUGCGGACAUGGUAUAGGAUCAGUUUUCCAUUCACAUCCUGAAAUCAUGCAUAUUCCUCUGGGAGACUAUGAUUCACAGCAUGAGAUUAUGAAGGAGGGGAUGACGUUCACCAUUGAGCCGAUCUUAUCAGAGGGGACCGACAUGGUGGCCAUUUUGGAGGAUGAUGGAUGGACAGCGGUCUCGGAGGAUGGAAGUCGGUCAGCACAGUUUGAACAUACAAUUCUAGUGACCUCUGAUGGAUGUGAAAUAUUAACUGUGUCCGAGGAAGAAAUAGCUAAAUGGGGAUAUAAAGAAAAUUAAUAGGGUCAUUCCUCCUAAAUGCAGUGGAAUUAUCAUAGGAUAUGGUUUCCCACACAAUCUGAACUACAUGUAAUAAUAUCUUCACUCGUGGUCAACACAAGUUCUAAGAUAAGGAAUGUCGGUCAUUUUAUCUUGAAAUCAGCAAGUCAGUAUAAUAGCUUUCGGUCACCAUGGCACAUCUCGGGCUUUUUUCUGUUCUUGUAAGUGUUGCUGUUGUUUUUGCUGACUCGGACACGGACUAUACCCAGGAGCUCUUUGGACACUUUGACCACACUGUUUAUGCGUCGUCUCACAGCGUUAAGGUUCUGAGCCUGUCAGAAUUUCAAACUUUGUUCCAUAGUCUUGGAUUGGAUGAGCACAGUUUUGUAUCACAUUGGGCUUCGAGACAUUUGCCUUGUGACAAUGGUGCUUCUCUUUUCUUCAAAGAGAUUGACGGAGACGACAGUAGACACAUAGACACUGAUGAGAUCACUUAUUUCUUUAGAUUGUUCGAUGCCAAUGAGGACCAAGAGGUGACAGAAGCCGAGUUUAGCGCGGCCUGGAAUGCGUUGUUUACUGGAUACAUGCAAACUCACGCCAUCAAAUGCCACAAAACGGGGGGUGAUGAUGAUGAUAGAAAAUGAUUCCAGUGUGAUAAAGACAAAUAAAGUCAACAAAGUU